AUGUCCGGCCAAAAGACCACCCAGUUUGACACCUUCUCCAAGUUCCUUACUCCCCUCAUCACCACCAGUAUGCAGGUCAAGUUAGAGACCGGCCAAGACACCCAGCAAGACAAACGCUGGUUCGACUGGGAGUCUUUCAAGUCCUCCGUCGACAGGUCUCAAGGUGAUAAUCUCAUCUUUGAUAAUUCCUCCCUCAUUGAGGCGCUCGGCGUUGUCAUGAACGAGAAAGCAAUCAAAUCGCUCACUUUCACCCUCGAGGCGACAUUCACCAACUUGAAGGAGAAGUCCUCGAAUGGAUUCUUGGACUUCAACAAGCCCAGUGACGGGCACAACCUUUCUUUGGUCACGACUAUCAAGGUGCAGGCGGAUAGUUUGGUUGGUGCUUCGUCGAAGAGCUUCUCUGCUACGAUUGAUGCCAUGGAGUUAGUCGUCAUGAAAGGCUUCAAGAACCCUACCUAA